AUGUCCGCAGAAUUCGCCAUCGAAAGCUGGAUCACCAGCACCAGGGACGACGAAUGCACAAUCAUUGUGCGCUCUCCUGGGGCUGUUUUUUUUUAUCUUGGAUGGAUACCUUUGGAGUUGGAGGCAGCGCCAGUUCUUCUUGCAGACUUCUAUGAGUCGCUCAAGAUAUUGAAGUCCCCUACCGAAUAUGACAACGCAGAGGAUGACGUUGAUACCGACGUCUACGACGCGAAGAAUGCAGAGGCAGAGAAACUAGCCAAACCUUUUCACGAGGUUAUUUCAUCGCUCGCCCCAAACCCACCAAAGCCGCCAUUCACACUGCAUCAAUGGCUCAACCCUGAAUGA